UUCGUUCAUUUCAUGAAAUUUACCCCUAUUUGAUCGUGGAACGUAUUUUGGAAACACCCUGUAUAUCGAUGGAGUAACAUGGCGUCUGGCGAAAAUAGUAAUUUUGAGAAAGUUUUGGAAUUUAGGAUUUAUAAGUGCUCUAGUUUUUCAGCUUCUUACGUACCUGAGAAUAUUCUUGUAGAUAAACCGUCGGAUCAAACUUCACGUUGGUCUUCUGAUAUUGACAAUCCUCGCCAGUUUCUUACAUUGAAAUUGCAAUGUCCCUCCAUUGUUAAAACUAUUACUUUUGGCAAAUAUGAAAAAACUCAUGUAUGCAAUAUAAAGAAAUUUAAAAUAUAUGGUGGACUAGAACCUGAGAAUAUGAUGGAACUUCUAGAAAGUGGAUUGAAUAAUGAUUCUGUACCAGAAACAUUUGAUUUGAAGCACGUUUUAGGAAAUGAAGGAAAUUAUUUUCCUGUUAGAUACAUAAAAAUUCUUCCUCUUCAAUCUUGGGGGCCCAGUUUUAAUUUUUCUAUUUGGCAUGUACGGUUAAAUGGUAUCAAUGAUUCUAAAAUUGUAGGACCUUCUAUCGAAUGGGUAAAUAUGUAUCGUCAAAAAGAAGUAAUAAGGUUAUGUAUGAAACAUUUUCGGAGACUCGAACAACCAGAAGUUGUGGAGACUUUGCAAAGAGUCACAGGAGUUACUUUAGAAGAUCCUCGUUUAUCUAUGUUAUAUGAUUUGUUAGUUACAAAAGGUGAUCAUCUUCAGGCAGAAGGCUUUAUAAGCAAUGCAGUUAUGACUGGACUACUGAAUGACUAUAUCAAUGCUCAGACCUAUAGAGCGGUUUGGACAAAAUUAUCUACAAACGAUCCUAAACCUGGAAUGAGAGGAGGACAUCAGAUGGUCCUGGAUCCAACUGCCGAAAUGUUGUAUCUAUUUGGAGGAUGGGAUGGAAAUCAGGAUUUGUCAGAUUUAUGGGUUUAUAACAUACCUGCUAAUAAAUGGACACUCAUAUGCAAAGAUACUGAAUCAGUAGGUGGACCUAGUGCUCGAUCAUGUCAUAAAAUGUGUCUUGAUCCAGAAAGACGACAACUCUUUACACUCGGACGAUAUUUGGAUACACAAUAUAGAACACCAGAAAAUCUAAAAAGUGAUUUUUAUGUUUAUGAUAUUGAAUCAAAUAAAUGGACACAAAUAUCAGAAGAUACUGGUGCUGUUGGUGGACCUCAACUAAUAUUUGAUCAUCAAAUGUCAAUGGAUAUUGAAAAACGAAUAAUUUAUGUAUUUGGUGGCAGAGUUCUUGUCUCAUCUUCCAAUUCUGAAAAUCAUGCAAUGCCAGCAAACUCGACAGAACCAAUAUUUUCUGGAUUAUAUUCUUAUCAUGUGCCAACUGGUACUUGGAGUCGACUUGCUUGUGAUAUUGCAAGACAGUGUCCUCCAAACGUACCGACUAUUAGAUCACGAGCAGGGCAUUCUAUGUUGUUUCAUUCAGGUUCUCGAAAGUUGUAUAUAUUCGCAGGUAAACGAGGUAAAGAAUAUUUAAGUGACUUUUUUACUUAUGAAGUAGAUACAAAUCAAGUAGAACAUAUAAAUUAUAAUGACUUUGGGGCAAAAGAUUCUAAUCGUGUUCCGGCAGCUGGUUUUACUCAGAGGGCAACAAUUGAUUGUAACCUUGAUGAAAUAUAUGUUUUAUCGGGUUUAAGUAAAGACAAAGAUGAAAGAGAUGACAAUGUACAGAAUUCUUUUUGGGUUUAUACUAUUAAAAAUAACAAAUGGUGUUGUAUUUAUCGUAAUGAAAAUUUUGGGGAAAAAUAUUGGAGUAAAAUGCAAGAUUACGAACCAUGUCCACGAUUUGCACACCAGUUAGUCUAUGAUCAUAUAAAAAAGGUUCAUUAUUUAUUUGGUGGAAAUCCAGGUCGAUCUUGCCUUCCAAAUUUACGACUUGAUGAUUUUUGGCAAUUAAAAUUAUGUAGACCAUCUCAUGAACAGAUAUUAAAAAAGUGUAAAUUAAUCAUUAGAAAACAUAAAUUUGAAGAACUUGCUUUGAAUAAUAGUAUUGAAGCAUUGGAAUAUUUACAAACAAAAGUAUCAGAAAUUAUCGAUCAUGAUGAUACAGAGCAAACAAAAGAGUUUCAAUUGUUGACAUCUAUACUAUUUCGAGAACAAACAAGAUCACUGGAUGAAGCUGCAAGUUCUAAUUCAGCUUCUAGCACUGUUUUAGGUAACUUUCUUGGUAUGAAUACAGAUCAGUAUAUAACAAUACGCAACGUUCACACUUUGAGAAUUGAGCUAUAUGACAAACUUGCAGAAUUUUUUCCCGAAUCACUUACACAACCACGCGUUAACCUAAUUGAUCUUUUGCCAUUAUGAUGCAAUAGAUAUUAAAAAAAAAGAAAAAAAGAAAGAAAAAAAAUCAAGUAUGUUGACACCGAUUAUAUCCAGUAUGAAUUGUUAAAUAAUAUAAAGCAAAAUCAGUUUUGUUUUUUUUCUAUAAGGUUAUUUGUUGUAAUAUUUACCAUUAUUUUACAAGUGAAAUCGCAAUUUGUACUGCACUUUUCUACAAAUUUAGAUAGAGGUAGAGAUCAGAACUAAUUAGAAAAAUGAUUGCAUUAAUUUUUUCAUAUUAAAUUUAAGCUUGAUAGAUUUCAAAUUUUUGAAGAUAUUCUAAGGCAAAUAUAAAGAACAACAUUAAUAUCAUUAUUGCUAUUGUAAAUUAUUAUCUAUAUACAAGGUCUUACUAUAAGUAAUAAAAUAUUAAUGUGUUUUUUACGUAUAGAUAUAUUUGUCUUAGAAUUAUGAUAAAAAUUUGAAAGUAAAUCAAUAUAUAUAAAAGAACAAAAAUUCAGUAAUAAUACUUUUUUCUUUGUAUAAUUAUAAAUGUAAAUUCUUCAUAAUUUUUCUAAUAGCAUUGUAUAAAAAUUUUUAUUUUCAAUAUUUCAUGACAUUCUUAUUACCGAUUAUAUAAAUUCGUAUUACCAUUGUUUAUUUAUUUGAUUUUCAAGUUAAAUUUACUAAAACACUGCUUCAUAAAUGCACAUAUAUACAUAUAUACAUACAUACAUAUAUAUAUAUAUAUAUAUAUACAUACGCGCGCACAUACACACAGCAUACGCACGAUAAUUCUAUUAUUUUAUUAUAUAGAAAAGAAGUUUCAUGGAUAUUAAUACUUGUUAAUACAUUUUAAUCCAUAUAUUUAAGAAAAGUAUUGUAUCACCAUACUAUCUUUUUCGAAUGAAAUAUCUUUAUCCAUUGCUAUUAGAAUAUUAUAAAGAAAAUAUUAAAGACACUAUAGUUACCUAAUUUAUACAGAAUUUCAUGUUUUUAUUAUUUUGUAUAUAUUUUAUCAUGUAAAGAAUGCUAUAUACUAAAUUGCUUUGCUGUUAAUUAUUUUGUACAAUAUAUGCUCUCUGAUAUCUUAUAAUGUACUAAGUAACAUCCUGUAUAUAAUAGUAUACUUUAUUAAUAUUUGUUCGUAAUUAGCCAUCAGAAAUGAUUUAAAAAAAGGAAAAAAAAGAAAAGAAAAAACAAGAUAAUGCUGCAAUAUUGUAAUUAUUAGUUAUUGUAAUAGAUUGCUUCCAAAGCAUACAAAGUAUAUAUAUGCAUAUACAUAUGAUACUUACAUUCAAUUUUUGUAUAUAUUUCCAUUUAAAUGAUAAGAUGUUAAACAUUGUAUUGGAAUUAGAAAUAUUAAGUUAUGAAAGAGAUCUUGAUAACAACAAUUAGAGCAGCUAUAGAAGUCAAAGUAUUCAUAUACUGUCAAUUUAUGUUUACCUGUUUUUCAUUAACUAUAUGAUAAAGUUCAUAAGACAAUUUAAUAAAUAUGUCAGUUAAUUUAUAAUAUAAGUAAUAAUGACUGUGAAUAUUUUUCUGCACGCACGCACGUGUAUGUACAGAAAACUUUCUAUGAAAAAGUGUGAAAUUUGAAGACUCAUUCUAUUAUAUUUAUUUGUUUAGAAUGUAAAAUAAAAACUAUGCAUUUUUCAAAUUUA